GGACGUCAGGCGCGUGUCCUGGUUGCGUAGCGACGGGGCGGCGGGCGCUGUCGAGUUGUCCGUCAGUGCGGGCGGUAAUGGCGCCCGAUCCGUGUCCGUGACCGUGCCCGGCCUCGCGUGUCCGACCAUGCGGCAACAGUGAUGGUGACUGUGCCGCGGAGUCCCGGAGGCAGGCCGAGCGCCCGGGCCGUGCUGCUCGGAGCUCUGGCCCUGCUCUUCAGUCAGGCAGCUGAAACCUGCCCUGGUAAACUGGACUGCAUCAUAAAGCGACGUGAACCUUGCAUGACAGGAUUUGAUCACUGUGGGUCAUGUCUCUCUGAAUUUGUUGAAGAUGAGAAAGGAGAUUGUGUAGAGAAGCACAGGAUACGUCAUGGAUCCUCUGAUAUCGAUGGUGAUAUUGAUUACAUAGCAUCACUCUUAGCCAAAAAAGAGAGUACGCCACAUACACAACAACUGGCGGCAGCGGCAGAGACUGGCAAGAAUAAACCUGCUAACUUAAAAGAUGAAUCGCAAGGGAUUCGUGCAGACAUAUCAUCCAAUAAAGAAAUGUUAUCAACCACAGCAAGUGCACCCCCAAACGUUCCUGGUAAAGUGGCAGAAAUAAAGAGUAUUCCAAAGAGAGAUGUUCCUUUCACUGAUGCCAUUCUACUCACUUUGAUCAUUGUAUGCACAGUGGCGGGGGUCUCUGGACUGAUCAUUGCUGGCAUCUGCUGGUACAGAUUACAAAAAGAGGUGAGAUUAACUCAGAAAGCAGACUAUCCAGGCUAUGGUAUAAUUGGAUCUAACACGCAACCUGAGAAACCCUUGAGUGGUGACAAGAAGCUGGCACAGAGUGCCCAGAUGUACCACUACCAACAUCAGAAGCAGCAGAUGCUAUCAAUGGAGAAAAAUAAGGAUGAAUCCAAAGUACCCGAAUCAGCGACAGAAUCUGAGGGAGAGAAUGAAGAUGGCGAUUUCACAGUCUAUGAAUGUCCAGGACUGGCUCCAACCGGGGAAAUGGAGGUCAAGAAUCCACUUUUUGAUGAUUCAUCCCUGCAUCAUCCACCGCUCAGUAACUAGACAACCUGGUAUCUCUCUGGACUAUGAAACUUCAAAGAGGGAGAAGUAUCUGCAGUUCCAAAAGAUCGUUCAACUGUGCACCAAAAGACUGUUUUGCUUCCAAUGGCCUCUUUCGUUCUGUUUCUGACUGUUGAGGAAAUCCAUCCCCCUACCCCAAUCUAAACUCUGGUAAUAGUCUUUAAUCACACCACCACUGUGAUCACCACACAUUUUCAGCUUCCUUGACCUGACAUGUUUGGCAGAUCAAGAGAAUGUUAUGGUGCGUUUCUUGUUACCCAGUGAUCAUCUCGUUUCUGAAAGAGAACAGAAUGUAUGACGGUUCAAAGGAAAGUAUUAAGAAGGUGACCGUUGUCCCUCAGUGGUUUGCACACACAGGUGUGUGUGCUGCAGACAAACUAGGUACAUGUUUGUCCAUUCAGCCAAUUUCCCAACACUCCUGAGUGUGGUGUGAUACUUGUCUACAUCUGACCAGAAAGUAAUCAUUGAAAGUGAAACUUGCUCCAUAACAGUGUCAUUUCACUGUGCUUUGUAGUGGUCAGCUGCAGUUGCUAAAUGUAGCUGCCUCUUUACUGGGGAAGAGUUGAUGAUGUUUCAUUCUUUCAAAUUGUAAUCUGUUAGGACUCUUCACAGCAUCAAUCAUCUAAAAGCUCAGAUGUCACUGAUUUUCCAUUGCAGUAGGUUAUUAUAAAUAACUUGUCAAAUUGUGGUGAACUGCCAGCUGUCUUGAACCUUGAUGUAAGUAACUCAAUGGGGCAGUUAUCAAAUGUCAGUACUCAUAAGGAUGAGAGCAAAACACUUGUACCACUGAAGCUCAUCCUUAUUGACUCUUUUAAUUGUAUUGGCCAAGUAUUCAUUUUGUAAUCUUGUAAUGCACAACUAUUCUACUGAUACUUCCAAAGCAUCAACUGAAAUCAUUUCACCAUCCAUUAAAACUGAUGAAGCAUAUAAGAGCCAAAGCUCCUUAAUAUUGGAAUACAAUAAAACCAUGGUGUGAUUGAUAGGUGAUGAUGAAGCAGGACACAAUUGAAUGGACCACACUCCUUAACCACUCAGUUUAUGUAUGUGAGAUUUUCACUAGUAACUAAGUGUUACCUCUUUAAUGACAAUUUAGGGUGGUAUUAGUCUGUUAGUGUAGAGAGGUGCUAUUGUCACCAACUGUGCUCUAUUUCUUACUCCCAUCCAUUCCCGGUCCUGCAAAUUGCAUGAACUUCCAUUAUUAGAUUGAUAGGAGAGUUAUACAAAGCAUUCAACUUUCAGUUGUGACUGACACAAAGCAUACAGACUGAUGGUGAUACCGGUCAGUCCCAGAUUUUAAUCAAGAGGUACCAACUUCAGAGCUGCAUGUUGAACUUUGUGACUGCUGGUGAUAAAUUGGGUUUGUCUGGCUGACCAUGAGAAACCCAGAGACUGAGAAUUCAAAUCCCAAAACAACAGGUUUAUGAUGUUGACUUAAUUCACUCUGGUAAUUUGUAAGGCAAAAGCCAGAAACGGAUGAUAGAUUGUUAUAAUAUUUCAACCUGCCUCUUCUAUCUGUUCCAUCCUAGACAUUACUGUAGACCAUAGCUGCUGAUUGACUCUUGACUCCCCCACAAAUAUCCUAGCAAGCACAUGUACAAACAAGUAGCACACCAACUACUGCCUCCUGGUAACUGCCAAUGAGGUGCAACAAAUGUUGCCUCACCAGCAUUCCAAGAAUAAUUUUUCAAAUUAAAAUCUAAUUUCUAAUCUAAUUAAGAUCUAAUCAGGUUAGUGCUUGCUAACUGAUUUGAACAGUACAGAUCCAACAAAUCUAAAUUAUUUGAAGACCCCAACAACUUCUACACCUCUUACCAAGCUGAAGUUUUAUUCCUGGAAGUAGGGCAUCCCUAAAGUGGAUACACAUUAAACUUCAGUAGUUCAGGUCCAGGUGAAAAGGUCUUUGUUUCUCAACUGGGGAAAGAAGACGUCUAUAUAUUAGUUAUAUAAUUGCCUUGGUAACUAUUUGAUUUUCUUGUGUAAAUGUAAUAUAGCAGAAACCUGUUGUGAGAGAUGUUAAAAAAGGAGAUAAAGGUUAUAUCUAGAUUGUAUAAAUUGGUUGGUCAGAUUUUAAUCUAAAUAAGAGCAUUUAUGAAGUAAUUUAUGUGCAAGUUUAUAGAAAUUAGCUUAAUAUUUAGAUUUUGUUUAUGGGGCUUACCUGAAGUUUUAUUCCUAAAUUUUUAUUUCAAAGAGCUUUAUUUUAAAGGGACUGGAUUCAUAAGCUGUUUUUGCUGGUGAUGCUUCAAUAUUGAAUCCUGUAGCAGUCAGUUAAUUUCAUAAUAUUUUGUGUUCUGCAAACUUUAUGCAGGCUCCACAAUGUACAGAGCCCAGUGCAGGAGCCAGAUUAAUCCCACUGGCUCACUUGAUUGUUUCUAACAAUUACAAGAGCCUGUCUAUGACCCAAAGUUGGACCUACUCACUGUAAUUACUCAUUACGAUUCUGCUGAAAAGGUCAGUUUAACCACGAUCAAGCAGUUUAAACUAUUAUCAACAGGAAAAAUAUUGAAUAUUCUGUGCUAUAACUAAUCUAUGAUAAAAUGAAAAUGUAAAAUGAUGGAGAUGUACAGCUAAUGGAUCAGCAUCUGGGGGAGAUAAAGGAUUAACACUUGUGUUUAUUCUUAAAAUCCUUCAGCAUAAGUGGGACCAUUUGACGCAUUAAUCUUACGUUGGCUCUUUAAAAGAGCUAUCCCACUGAUCGCAAUCUCCUGCUCUCCCCUCCUCUCUCUUUCCACCCCCCCCCCCACCCCGCCCUGAAUUUUUAUUUCAAAAGAUAACUUGCAGGCUUCAGAUAGUUUUGACACAUUUGAAUGUAACCAAAUCCACAAAUGAGCUGCUAAAUUGAAGCCAUCAGCCAGGAAACUCUUCAGUCUUCUUACAUAAUUUUAAUAAUUGAAACAGUAAGACCAGAAACAACAGUAAUUUUAUUUUCCAAAAUAUCCAUAGCAAGAGUAAAUAGUUAACCUGAUGGAAGUACCCCAGUGGAGCAGUUUGGCUUAAACUGUUACCAAUCAUGCCAACAUCAAAACCUACCUGGAAUUGGUUGCCUUCUGCAUAAAGGGAAGUUCAGUGAAAAAUUCCUCCAGAUGGUGUUCAUUUUGAUUCUUGAAUUGCUAAGCUGCAGAUUCCAUUCCAUUGUAACUCAAUGAAUAGAAAUAUGCUUUCAUUUAAACAGGAAUAUGAACAUUGAUGAGAUGGCUAAUGUUAAAUAUUUCCUUUUCGGAGGAAGCAUGUAAUGGUUAGAUGGGAAAUUAGUUGAAUUGAGUUGCAUGGUGCACUGUGGGAGAAUGAAGAGAUUCCAGAAUGCAGAUCGAUAAUGCUUGCAUAAGACAAAUGCUUUGGAUCAGACUUUUGAUAUUCUCACUCUGUUUCUUCUUCCCUCUCUUGUUCUUAUGGGAUUGGCCACAUGGACCAUGGUGAUCUUUAACAUUCCAAUGAUCUGAUCCGUAUUUGUCUUUUGCCACUUCAUGUAUUUAUUAUCUAUCUAUUCAUUUUUAUUUCAGUUGUCUUCAUUUCUAGUAUAUUUCGUUUUCCCAAGUUAGGUCACCACAAUUUAAAAUACCCGUUCUUACAUUAUGUUUAUUGUAUUUUUCAGUGAAAAUAAAUUAAUUUGUUGAAGAUCUAUUUUUUUUUUGGCCCUGUUUCCUGUGGUAUUAUUGAACAUAAAUAAAAUGGCUUUUUUCACUGGA